GCAACUUCAAAGGGAAUCCGCUCCCGCUUUUGGACACGUCUCCGCGACGAGCCACGUUGCCUUCCCAACGCUCUCGAUCUCUCUCUCUCUCUCUCUUCGCCCUCUACCCUCAUCGGCGUCAUCUUUCACCGUCUCGGCUUCCUUCCGUGACCUGGAGAAAGCGGCCGCCGCAUCAGUAAGGCCGAGAUGGAGGUUCCCACGGGCGUCAUGGCUACCCUCUGGAGCUUCAUCUCCUUCCUCCCUUUCUUCUUCUUACUCCUGGCUCUUGGCGUCGUCAAAGCAGCUGCGGUCGGCCCUGUCGUGACUGUUGUAGUUCUUGUCGGGAAUUCUUCUGUGGUUAUCGGCAUGUGGCCAGCACAUUUCAUCUGGACUUAUUACUGCGUGAUGAAGACUAAGAGGCUUGGGCUGGUUCUCAAAAUAUUCUUGUUGGUCAUGCUGCCUCUGCCAUUGAUUCUGUGGCCAAUUUUAGGUAUUCUGGGCAGUCUUGUGGUGGCGAUAGGUUAUGGCUUCUUUGCUCCUUUAAUUGCAACCUUUGAGGCUGUUGGAGAGGGCUUCGUUGACAAGCUUUAUCACUGCUUUUCUGGUGGAUGCGUGGACACGAUCAAGGGAGCUUGCACACUGGUCGUGGACUUCACGGACUUUUGCUUCCACUCAUACUUCUCAUAUAUGGAUGACCUUUGUGAGAAAGUCGCAGUUGGUGAAACACCAAUGGAUGUCAAGUUGACAAAGCUACCAAGUUGUUUGCUGGUUUGUCUGCUUGGUGUCCUAUUGGAUGUGCCCAUGAUAAGUAUUGUGGCACUAUGCAAGAGCCCCUACUUGCUACUGAAGGGUUGGCACCGCCUAUUUCAUGACUUAAUCGGAAGGGAAGGACCCUUUUUAGAGACCGUUUGUGUACCCUUUGCUGGCUUAGCUAUCGUGUUGUGGCCAUUGGCUGUUAUUGGGGCACUAGUCUCUGCAUUCCUGUGCAGCUUCCUUCUAGGACUUUAUGGUGGUGUGGUCGUUCAUCAGGAGGACUCUCUUCGCAUGGGUCUUGUAUAUAUUGUAGCUGUGAUCUCAAUUUUUGAUGAGUACACUAAUGACCUACUUUAUCUGAGAGAAGGAUCUUGGUUGCCAAGGCCCAGGUACCGGAAAUCUCAAGUUGAUCAAGAGCAUCGUGAGCAGAAAAAUGAGGUUGAGCAGAACAAGACCAAAAAUGGGAAAGUUCUAUCUGGCUUGAAUAGAACAAAGUUGGCUUCGGAACGAUCAAGGACGAUGAAAAGGGCAAUACAACAGCUGAAGCCCAUUCAAAUAUGGGACUGGCUCUUCAGAUCUUGUGAGAUAAAUGGAAGGAUACUACUUGGUGAGGGUCUCAUCACAGUUGCAGACAUCGAAGAAUGUAUUGUCAAAGGAAAAUGCAAGAAAUUAAGCGUAAAAUUGCCUUCAUGGUGUAUUCUGCAAUGUCUGCUACGGUCUGCAAAGUCUGACUCGUAUGGAUUACUUAUAUCUGAUGAAGUGGAAGUUAGUAAUUUUAACUGGCCAAAUGAUAAAGUAUUGGAUUGGAUUCUUGGACCGCUUCUGAUCAUGAAGGACCAGAUAAGAAGAUUACAGCUGGAUGAGAAUGAAGAAGCCUGCUUAAGGAAGCUGAUACUGACCAGCAAAACUGAGAAGCCCGAGGACUGGGAUGGAGAAGGAUUUCCAUCAGAUGACAACAUACGAAAGGCUCAAUUGCAAGCAAUAUUUAGAAGGUUGCAAGGGAUUGUAACAAACAUGUCUAGAAUUCCAAGUUUCCGACGACGGUUUAAAAGUUUGGUGAAGUCUUUGUAUCUGGAGGCAAUAGAAACUGGUGCAUUGACUGAAGCCCGUGGUGGAUCUGCUUCUGGAAGCAAGACCAGUGAUGGCAGGAAAAGGCAAAACAAAAACAUAGGAAGAUGGAGUAGCCUAGAUGUUGGUGGUAGCAUAGUGUGAUGGAUUUUGUUUGGGAAAACUAAUCACUUCAGUGUAAUGUGAGCACUAAUAUAAAAUGUCGAAAUGUGGUUA